GACUUCUCCACUACAACGAAUUGAGAGUACUAAAAGUGUUGUACGAGUUGUUCGUAAGUGAUAAGUCAGCACAAAAAUAAGUGAGGUUUCCGUGUUCUAAUAUAGGGAUUAUAUCAGGGUGAUUCUAUUGGCGGGUUAGCUGAUAGGGGUUAACAAGGGUUCGUCGAUCAAGCCAAGAGGUUGAUUGAACGAAGGGUCGUAUUUUAUUUCGUGUAAGAGCUUCAAGAACAAAUCACUAGUGAAUCGUCAGAGAUCGCAAGAGAGCGAUACUCUGACCGUGGAUUAGUCGGUGUUAGGGUUGUUAAUCACCAAGCACCGGAUACCACGUAAAAAUUCGGUGCCAGUGUUUAUUUCUUCUCUUGCUCUGCUUAGUUUUGCCUCUGUGUUCCUGGAGUGUUCUUCGUUCUGGGUGUGUGUUCAUCUUGCACGGCCUCUUUGAUCCGAAACAAAACCAAAGAAGAAGGAGUGCAGCGGGUAAGUGAAACGCGGCGUAGAGAGGAGAAGUGGGCCAAGUUUUUAUCACAACAGCAAAUUGAGCCCAAGUCACAAUAAAACCAAAACGUCUCUAACUUGCUGCCGUUUCGCAAAGGAAGUCGAAUUCCUUGUUCCUUACGUCAUUCUCUGUUUUCUCUCCAUCUUUCUCACCUGUUCUUGUCAAAAGGUGCAAUUAGGGUUGUGCAGGUGAUCGAUUGAUUGAUCAAAGAAAGGGAUAAAACCGAAAUCGUCUCGUGCUCGACGCCUUCUACACGUGGUAUCAGAGCCCGACUCCAUCGAUUAAGGUCCUACGAUCUCCGUAGAAGAAGAAAUGGCGUCGGGAUUCGGAAACGGAGCAGUGUUGUAUCUCGUCGAUGGGUUUUUGCAAAAUCGCCCACCAAGAUUCGAGGGUAUUAAUUAUGGCUACUGGAAGAAUCGCAUGGAGAUUUUCAUCGGAUCAACUGACCCAAAGAUUUGGGAUAGAGUUCUCGAUGGUCGACUCGAGGUGAAAGCCGAUCGAAGCAAGUGGACGGAUGAGGAUCGAGAUAAGCAUAAGCAAAACUGCAAAGCUAUGAAUCUCAUGUACUGUGCUUUGGGUCCAGAGGAAUACCACAACGUUUCAGGUUGCAGGACUGCGAAGGAAAUCUGGGAUAAACUUCAGGUCACGUACGAAGGUACCUCUCAAGUCAAAAUCUCAUGGAUUAAUAGUUCGAAAACAGAGUGUGAACUGCUUAAAAUGAUAGAAGGAGAAACCAUUAGACAAAUGUAUGAAAGGUUUACAACUAUGGUGAAUAGCCUAGAAAACAUGGGUAUUUCAUACGAAAGCGGUGAUCUUGUACGGAAGUUGCUUUGGUCUCUGCCAAAGCGAUGGGAAGCAAAAGUCACCGCAAUAGAGGAGGCUAAAGACCUUAGCAAGCUUCCAGUGGACGAGCUAAUUGGAUCGCUCACUACAUAAAAAGAGAAGAUUAAAAGGGAGACAAGAGAUGAUCAAAAGAAGGAGAAUCGAAGCAUAGCAUUUAGAACUCAAGUUUAUGAGGAAGAUUCGGACAACUAUGAAGACAUGGAUGAUGAUGAACUUGUUAUGCUUAGAAAGCACAUAAGUCAGCUCAUGAGGAUGCGGAAGGAAAGAAUACGUGGCCAGGAUCACAAGGACCAUUGUGCAUCCAAGAUCACAAGGAAUCAGGUUGAAUGCUACUAUUGCCAUAAAGUUGGUCAUGUCAUUAGACAUUGCAGAAAAAGUAUAAACUCUGAGAAUCGGA